GUCGCUGUGUGCGGGGCGUGUGUCGCCGUGUGCGUGUGCGGGGCGGGUGUCUCCGCGCGAGGGGCGGCGUGUGCCCGGUCGCUCGGCUCGGCUUGGCUCGGCUCGGCUCGGCUCCGCUGCGCUCGGCUCGCCCGGGGCCCGGCAGCCGCCAAGGGACGGGCGGAGGCGGCGGGGGCAGCGCGGGAGCUCCCGGCGGGGUUUUUGGGAGGCGGCUCGCAGCCCUGCCCGCCGCCGGGCGCGGAGCGCGAUGCCGCGGCCGCCCUGCCCUGCCCGCCGGCGGCGCGGAGCCGCGGGGCCGCGGGCGGCGGCGUAGGGACCGGCCGGGCGGAAUGGGGGAGCCCGGCGGAUCGCGGCUGAGCCCCGGGCCCGCGGGCACCCCGGCGGGUACCGCCUGACGGAGCGGCGCGGAGGUUGCCUGGUCACUAUGAACCAUGGCCCAGCUAUACUACAAAAAGGUCAACUUCUCCCCGUACCGAGACCGGAUCCCACUCCAGAUCGUGCGAGCGGAGGCAGAGCUCUCGUCGGAAGAGAAAGCCUACCUCAGUGCUGUGGAGAAGGGGGACUAUGCCAGCGUGAAACAUGCCUUGCAGGAGGCAGAGAUCUACUACAACAUCAACAUUAACUGCAUGGAUCCUCUGGGUCGCAGUGCCCUGCUAAUAGCCAUAGAGAAUGAGAACCUGGAGAUCAUGGAGCUGCUGCUGAGCCACAGCGUCUACGUGGGGGAUGCUCUGCUCUAUGCCAUACGGAAGGAGGUGGUGGGAGCUGUGGAGCUGCUGCUCAAUUACAGGAAGCCCAGUGGUGAAAAACAGGUUCCAACGCUGAUGAUGGACACCCAGUUUUCAGAGUUCACCCCGGACAUCACGCCCAUCAUGCUGGCGGCUCACACCAACAACUACGAGAUCAUCAAACUGCUUGUCCAAAGACGGGUGACAAUCCCACGCCCACACCAGAUCAGGUGCAACUGUGUGGAAUGUGUCUCCAGCUCCGAGGUGGACAGCCUGAGGCACUCCAGGUCCAGGCUGAACAUCUACAAAGCCUUAGCCAGCCCCUCGUUGAUUGCCUUAUCCAGCGAGGAUCCCAUCCUGACCGCCUUCCGGCUGGGCUGGGAGCUGAAGGAGCUGAGCAAGGUGGAAAAUGAGUUCAAGGCCGAGUAUGAAGAGCUUUCACAGCAGUGCAAGCGUUUUGCUAAGGACCUUUUGGACCAGGCGCGGAGCUCCCGGGAGCUGGAGAUCAUUCUCAAUCACAGGGAUGAUCAGAGUGAAGAGCUGGAUCCCCAAAAGUGUCACGAUUUGGCAAAGCUAAAGGUAGCAAUAAAGUAUCACCAGAAAGAGUUUGUUGCUCAGCCAAACUGCCAGCAGCUGCUAGCAACGCUUUGGUACGACGGCUUUCCAGGCUGGAGGAGGAAACACUGGGCAGUGAAACUCCUGACCUGUGUCACCAUUGGACUGCUGUUCCCCGUGCUAUCCGUGGCAUACCUGAUUGCACCCAAGAGCAGGCUGGGACUGUUCAUUAAAAAGCCAUUUAUCAAGUUUAUCUGCCACACUGGCUCCUACCUGACCUUCCUGUUCAUGCUCCUGCUGGCGUCGCAGCACAUCGUCAGGACUGACCUCCACAUGCAGGGGCCACCUCCCACCAUCGUGGAGUGGAUGAUCCUGCCCUGGGUUCUAGGUUUCAUCUGGGGAGAAAUCAAGGAAAUGUGGGAUGGUGGAUUCAAUGAGUAUGUACAUGACUGGUGGAAUCUGAUGGAUUUUGCAAUGAACUCCCUCUAUCUUGCAACUAUCUCCCUUAAAAUUGUUGCCUAUGUCAAGUACAACGGCUCUCGCCCAAGGGAGGAGUGGGAGAUGUGGCACCCGACCCUGAUUGCAGAAGCCCUCUUUGCAAUAUCCAACAUCCUGAGCUCCCUGCGCCUCAUCUCCCUGUUUACAGCCAACUCACACCUGGGACCCCUGCAGAUUUCUCUGGGACGCAUGCUGCUAGACAUCCUCAAGUUCCUUUUUAUCUACUGCCUGGUGCUUCUGGCUUUUGCCAAUGGACUGAACCAGCUUUAUUUUUAUUAUGAGACCAGUGCCUCGGAGGAACCCAACAACUGCAAGGGGAUCCGAUGUGAGAAACAGAACAAUGCCUUCUCCACACUUUUUGAGACCCUCCAGUCACUCUUCUGGUCUGUGUUUGGGCUGCUGAAUCUCUACGUCACCAAUGUGAAAGCCAGACACGAGUUCACAGAGUUUGUUGGGGCCACAAUGUUUGGGACCUACAACGUCAUCUCCCUCGUUGUGCUGCUGAACAUGCUCAUAGCCAUGAUGAACAACUCCUACCAGCUCAUUGCUGACCACGCGGACAUCGAGUGGAAGUUUGCGCGGACGAAGCUCUGGAUGAGUUACUUCGACGAAGGCGCCACUCUGCCCCCUCCUUUUAACAUCGUCCCCAGCCCCAAGUCAGUCUGGUACCUUUGCAAGUGGAUCCACAACCAGCUGUGCCCAGGAGAUGACUCUGACAACGAACAGAAGAGGCACGAAAACCUCAAAACAUUCACAGAACGUCACGCUGACAACCUGAUUCAGAAUCAACAUUACCAGGAAGUAAUAAGAAAUCUUGUGAAAAGAUACGUUGCUGCAAUGAUAAGAACUUCCAAAACCAACGAAGGUUUAACCGAAGAAAACUUCAAGGAAUUAAAACAGGACAUCUCGAGUUUUCGCUAUGAAGUUCUUGACCUCUUAGGCAACAGGAAGCCCCAGAGGAGAAGUUACUCUACCAGCAGCACAGAGGUGUCCCAAAAGGAGGAGACAAACGAGGACGGUGCUGGGGAAAAGCCCAGAGCCAAGAGCGUGUCUUUCAAUGUAGCCAACAAGAAAAAGGACUUCAACGUGUCUGCCCUGAUUAAAACCAUGUCUGGGAUCAACAUGGUGGAAGAGAAGCCAAAAAGCAACGGGAUCAGCAAGCGCUCCUUCGUGCGGAACGGGAACAGGGUUCAGAGACUCUCCAGCUCCAAGAAGGAGUCCUUCAAGAGGCUGGGCCUGCUCUUCUCCAAGAUGAACGGCCACGUCCCCGAGCCCAGCUCAGAACCCAUGUACACCAUUUCAGACGGCAUCAUCCAGCCACACUACAUGUGGAAAGACAUUAAAUAUUCUCCCAUGGACAGAGAGAGAGAAGAGAAUUGUUCCAAAAGUGAAAUUAACCUCAAUGAGGUGGCCUACAGUGGGAACACGAGACUUACAGGACAGAGCAAGGAGUGCCCUGUGGUUUGUACCAGUUCCCUUCACUGUGCUUCCAGUAUUUGUUCCUCUAACUCCAAACUUAUAGACUCGUCAGAGGAUGUGUUUGAUUCGUGGGGAGAGGCCUGUGACUUGUUUAUAAACCAGUGGAAAGACGGGCAGGAGGAUCAUGUUACCACUCGGCUCUGAGCAAAGCUCUCUUAACUCUCACUGCAAAACUCAGCCAAGUAUUGGUAAUUGUUUGCUCUCAUCUGGUUCAGCAUCACUGUUUCCUUUCUGUCCACAGGUGAAAAAAAAUGUAAACCUUCUCAUGUUAUAGCCUAUUUUAUAGCCAUCUGCACCUUUUUUAAUUUACUUUUUUUACACUCACUAAUACUAAACUAAUGGUUUCACCAUUUAUAAGGUUGCCAUAAACCACAGGAAUCCCUUUGGAUGCAGUCUUAGUCUCCAAACCCCACAGACUUCAGGCAUGCAGGUGGCUGAGGAAAGGAUUUCUCCAGUGCUCCCCUCAUCAUCCCACCCCAGCUGGGUUUCAGUGCUGCUGUCCAGCACCAUUGGCUCUGCAUCCUGCUCAGUUUUCCUCAUCAACACAAACAGCUGUUCAGCUGGAGGCUGAGAAUCACACUGAAAAUGUUUUUUAAAAAGGUUUUGACCUAUAACUGGUGUUUUUUUGUUUCCUUUAAGCAAUAUGACUUCUGAUUCUUUUGGUUGUGCUUGUUUUUUCAGGCCAAUAUAUUAAUAUUGUAAAUUAUUACUGAAUAUGAAACCUCUUGGAUCAUCCACCUGGAACAUGUUUUUGUUGCUAACAUGUUUGCUUAUGUACCUAAUUUCCCUUUUGGGGAGCAGAAGGACCUUCCAAUUAGGCUGACAGUGGGAGCCGGCACCUGGCCUUGCCUCCAACUCCUGUGUAGAUGAACUGAAAAGAAAACAACCCAAAACAACCCUGGCUGCUUGAAAUACAAACCUCAGAGUAGUUUCUAAUAGGCUGAACCAAACCCCAGCUCUAAGCCUUGCUCUUAUUUUGCAAUUCCUAAUUUUACUUCCAGUGCUGCAUUCCCUUUUUGCUGCCUCUCUGGUGGGUGUCAGGGGGAAAUCCAUCUCCUGAGGGAGAGCAUCUUCCCCGGGCCCCUGAGCUGCAGGUCUGAAAAGCAGGCUAAGCAAGAGCUGCAGCAGAAGUGGAACAGCUCUGCAGGUCCUUCUGAGGUGCAACAGAACGGAGUGUGGCAGGAGGUGAUAUCUUUUAUUGGCUUUUAUUAUCUUUUAUUAUCCUUUAUUUCCCCAGCUGUAGGGGUCUGGACAGAGCUUAGCACUGUCACUGCUGCUGUCUCAAGGAGCAUCAGAGGGGGAGGAAAAAACCCUGUCAAGGGCAAGGUGGUUGAAUUCUUAACAGGGAUUUUUAGGAGGUUUUAUUGUAAUUUUUUAACAAUGGGAUGCUUGAACUUCUGCAGUGUUGCUAAGAAGCACAGGUGCUUGGCACUCAGCACCACCUCAGAGCUGUUCUGGGUCAGCUGCUUCCUUGGAGGGAGCAGCUCCUGCCCAGGGGCUUGGGAAGGGGUUCAUUCCUGCCCUCAUUCCUGCUCUCACUGCUGCCCUCCUGCACGGCUCUGCUCCCAGGAGGGGCUGUGGAGCUCCAGCAUUUCCCCAGGGUGGCUGCCAGCGAUCACCUCACCUGGGAACUGGGUUGUGAAUUGCCUCUGGAGAAUCAUAAUGCUGGAGAAUCUGCCCUGCCCCUGGAAGGGUCAGACCCAGCAGCGAGGGGCAGGGGGGGAGAGAUGCUGGAGCACCUGCAGCUGGGUCCUCUGCCCGAGCUUUAACCCUGCCUCCCUCCUCUUGAGAGGGAAAACUCCCCUCGUGGGGUUUUUCCUUUGGGCACUCGUGCAGUUUCACCCAGCAAGGGGAACACAGAGAGAAAAGGGAGUGCUGCAGCAGCUGCUGGGGCAGGGCUGAGGUGCCAACACCCCAAACCCAUGGCAGUGUUCAGCACAGAGCUCUGUGGCUCCAGGGCAGCCCUGGGGUUGAGAUAAAUCAGCAGCAAGGAGCAGAGACUCCAAGGCAUUUCUGUAUUCCUUGCCUAUAAUGACAGCAGUCUUGUUAUCAGCAGGCAGUGUAAAACCCCAAAUAUUUAAGCCUCUGGAUGCGUUAGUUAAGGCAGAGUGAAAGGCAUUUUUGUAUCAACAGAUUUUGGGCUUUCACACUAAUUGCAGGGUUAGGGUUGUCUUUGAAAACUGCAUUUCCUCUUCCCUCAUGGAAGGCUGAGCAAACUGACAUUGGUGGAACACAAGGAGACUUGCAAAACCCGAGGGGGGAGCAGCUUGCUGAUCAUUCCAUCAGGAAAUCAGGCACCCCUGGCUGGAGGAGCAAAUCCAUGGACAGGGGAGAGCCACGGGCAGAACCCACCAAGGCAAGGCUCACCACAAAAGCCCCACAGGUCAAGAAACCAAGCUGAGCACAUUUCUGCAAAGAUAAACAUUAACAGGAGCUGCUGCAGGGGGCUGAAUUUGAGUCCCCUGAUGCCUCACCUACCCCACACUGCAGUCUGGGAACUCUGCUUGACGUGGAGACAGAGAAUCUUUGUGGCAUUUCCUGGGUAAGGAGGAAGAAUGAAAACAAUUCAAGUAGAGUUAUGCAGAAAUAGAGUUAUGGGCUUGAAAUUGGGCCAGAAACUGGGUUUGUAUCCUUGGACAGCAGAAGGGCUUUGAAGUGUUCAAUGGGAACAAGCACCCAGCUGCUGGUGACGCUCAUGGUGUCACUCGAAUGCACUACCAGGUACAAACAGCACAAAGAGAGGGAAUUAACUCAGCAGUGCUGCCCCCAAAAAUGCAAAAAUCCCUUCCCUGCAGACUGUGUGAGUCACGUUCCCCCGCUGGUCCCAAAAGGGCAGGGCUGGGAGCUGCCACGUGCAGUGGGUAGCAGAUCUGCAAGCCCCCAGGGCUGGGCUGGAGGGGAGAUGCUCUCCUGGCCCUGUGGCUGGGGGUCCCCUGGGCUUUGUUUUGUGACUGAGAUCCUUCCUCACUCCCAGCUACCAGCGAGUCUGAGCUGACUCUGGAAUUCAGUACAAAUAUUUGAUUUGGCUGUGAUUAAUACACGUGUCCAGGAGUUUGAAAAACUCAAAUUGGUCCCCCCAAAAGGCAAAAUUCUCUUUGAUUGCAUCUAUGCAUUCCUGUUGAUAGCAGUAGACUUUGGAGCAGCUGGAAUUAUUAUUAUGCUAAAACACGAGCUUCAGGGGAGCAAAAUUGAAGUAGCUUCUGAAAAAUACAUUUGAUAAAAAAAAAAACCCACCCAGGUUUUGCUUAAUUCACUUGCAGCACAGUAUUUAGGACUACACCAGUAUUUUUAUGCUUUCAAUUGCUCAAAAAUGAAAGCAUGUUUUAGUGAAAGUUCUUCUUUCCUUCAGAGAAACCAGUGGAUGACCCCUGUGCUGUCUGCAAGGGCAGGAGCUGGUGGAACAUUUGAGUUUCUCCUGUGAGGAGUUAAACCUUUCCUUGGCUCAGCUGGUUCACACCACACCUGGAGCCUGUGGGCUCCAAGAAGGACCCUUGUAUUUAUGCAAGGAGUUUGGAGCUGGGGAUAACAGAGAUCUCAACCAUUUGCCCUUUCUUAGGUUUCUUGCUCUUGAAGUUGCAUUUUUUCUCGCCUCCCAUCCCAGUGUCAUUUUCACCUGGCUCUGUAAAGCAGCACAGCUGCAAAUGGUCAUGGAAUUAUGGAAUGGUUUGGGUUGGAAGGGACCUUAAAGUUCUUGUUCCAGCCCCCCUGCCAUGGGCAGGGACACCUUCCACUAGGCCAGGUUGCUCCAAGCCCUGUCCUUGGACACUUCCAGGAAUGGGGCAUCAUCACCAAUUAAAAAAUUAACAAAUAACACCCAGGGUUAAGAAUUUAAUAGAGCUGGGAGGUGUUUGUACUCAGGUCAGAGAUUACCUAAAUUGCUUCAGAAACAAGAAAUUAACUGAGUUAUCAGUGCAGGUUAUUUGGAUAACUGCAUUUGUACAUGGCUCACUUGCUGGUAAAUCUGUAAAUACUCCUGUGUUUGUAGCUGUGUCCCCUCAGAGGAAGCAUGGGCAGGUUCAGAGCCAGGAGGGAGCUCAGCUCCACUCCCUGCUCUGCCUCUGCCUCCCCCGUGACCUUGGGCAAGUCACUCAGCCUCUCGAAUGCCUCAGUUUCCCCAUCUGUAAAAUAGGGAUAAUAAUACUCACCUACCUCGCAGGGGGGUUAGUUCAUUAUUGAUAAGCACUUUCCAGUUUCAAGGCGCUAUAUACAGUACGUGGUUCAUAUUGGUAGCAGUAGUCUGUACUUUUAUUUUCUUACAACUAAUUCAGGUUAGGAUUUAACUGUUAUGUCUGUUAUGAUAAUUUUCCAUGUAGGAAACUCGCAUGGUUUCCCCAUGAAGGGAAUUUAGGGGACUUCUGCAGUAGACAGAGAGCAGGAGCAGCAUACCCUGGAAGCCUAAAUUCUGACACCUUUGCUUUUGUGAUUUAUGCCUCACCCCAAUGUCACCUUCCUGUAUUUGUGUUCCACCCCUUUCCCCACAGCCCAUGUAACAUGAUUUUUAGCAGAAACAGCCACUGUAAAUAUUAAGAGUAUUUAAAUAAAUAUAUUAAUGUAUGAAUAGAAACCCUUACCUUUGAAAGAGGUUAAAAUUGGUUGCUACCACAGGAUUCUAAGCACGGGGUGGGGGCUCCACAGGCAGCUCAGCACUGGAGCACACCAGGGUAGGGCUAUAGGGAAAUUUCACAUCAUCACCUCUAUGAUCAUCACUUCUCACCCCAUCACUGGCAAGGACAGCUCACCGAGUGUCACAGGAGGGCAAAGGGAGGCUGUGGCUGGAGCAGGGUGGCCCUGCUGCCUGUCGUGCCCCAGGAGAGGGGACAGCAGCUCUGGGCACCACCCAGGCAGCAGAGAGGGGCCAACACUGUGGCUGCUGGAGGAGCCUGGACAGCUGGACACUGUCCCCUGCACCCAGAUUUCUCUGUACAAUGUGUUUUCUUUAGUGUUCACCCUGGAUAAAGGUCUUUGGUUUGAGCAAGAGGAGCUCCAAGAGGGGACUGGCAGGGCAAGGACACUCUGAGCUCCCUGCCAGGGACAGGAGCAUGUGCAGGUCCCUGCACUGGGGAUCUGGAUGUUGUUGCAGGGAUAUCUGGACAGUGGGCAGCAGUGUAAGCAAGGAUCUGAAUCGCCUCUGGGCUCUCCAGAAACUGGAAACCACCCCAGCACUCACUGCCCUCACACCAUGACGUGUUUGUCCCCCUUCCCUUCGCUUUGGUGUUGCUCCUUUCCUUUCCAAAGGACCAAAACCCCAAAGAAAAGCGUAUUUCAGUUAACCAGGAGGAGUUCAGUGCUGCUUGAACUCCUGGCUGAGCUCCUUUAACCAGUCAGCUCCUCCUGCAGUGUCCAACCCUGUCCCACAGGCAGACAAAGCUCGUGCCAAGGUUGAUUCCCAAAGGAUCAGGAAUCCCUCCCACCUCUGCUGCCAUUCCACACACAGAAUGGCAAAAAUCCAUCAAAACAUCCCAGCCACCAGGGCUGCCUGGAUUUAAUGAGAGCUGGUUUUUAACAGACCUCCAGGGCUGCUCACACCUUCCCAGGUGUGCUGGAAGCAUCAGGCACUCUAAUUAAUGUCAUGGUGAAAUUAAUUGGAAUCAGCAAGACUGUGGUGAAUAAUGAAUCCACUCUCUGGAGAAGCAUCUAAAAUAAACUGUCCCCCAACAGAAUCUGCAAUUUUCAGUGAAUGUGUGACUUGAAACAGCUAUAAAGUCACUUCCUCACUGGAUUUUUUUGGAGAAGAUAGAGAAUUCUCUGGGCUAGCCACAUCAGCUUAUUUCCUAAACAUUUAUAAUUUGAUUAAAUAUAAUUUUCACACUUCUUUCCCCAUUUCAGGCCCUUUUUACAAAAGAGUAAUUUCUAUACUACUCACUAACUGCCUCCACCCAGACCAACAACUGCUCUGGAGGCAAUUCAUGGUCAAGAACCAUUGUUCUAAAAAGAAGACAUGUUUCAUCUAAAGAAGUACACUUAAAAAGCAAAAGCGUUUGAUCCUCAUCCUCCAAACCUUUGAUAGCAUUUUGUGCUUCAGGGAAAGACUUUGACCUGCUCUGGUUUUUAAAGCAAAACGAAACCCCCAGGCAGAACAGCAAUAGAGCUCAAACCACCCACAAUUUCACAUCUAGCUCAUUCCUCCCGUACAGAAUCCUGCUUUGGGUUGGAAGAGACCCCUGGAGACCCAGUCCCACCCUCUGCCAAGGGGGGAAUCUCCUGACAGCCCCUUCCCCAUCAGUGCCCCCCACUGGGACACCAGUGCAGCCUGUCCCCAUCCCCGCUCAGCACAGCCUGUUUUGGGGAUCCUUUGGGGGAUUUUUUUUUCUUUUCCCCUCCCACUGGAAGCAUUCCCACAUCAGCAGCACCCCGAGGCAGCUGAGAUGCCGUGCCCAGGGCUCAGAGGUGCCCCGUGAGGAGCUGACAGAACACUGUGAUACCUUUAGCCAGCAGAGAGAGAGGCCUUUUGACUAUAAAUAGUUGUUUUUCAGCAAGGGGGCACUUUUGGGUCUUAGCUAUUUUUCUGGCUAUUGUACAGUUAUUUAAAAACUCCUGAAGGUGUUUAUAAGGCAGGUCUGGGAGCUACAGGGCUAAGGAUUUUGAGAAGCAAAAGACAGUAGCAGAUGCUUGAGUAUUCUAUUUUCUGUAUGGGAGCCCUGGAGACCUGGGCUGACUCUGAAGUUUUUUUAGCAAUCAAGUUUUAUUGUCAAAUGAAAUCUUCAUUAAUAAAAAAAGCAACCACAGAAACAGCCUUCACACCCAAGCAUAUUUUAAAAUGCCAUUUUAUUUCAUGGAAUAAAAAAAAAAAAAGUGAGGCUUUUUUUCCCAUUUUCCCACCCCCUUGUUCUUUAUUUUAGUUUUGCUCAAAAACUCAAAGGCCUUUUCCAGGCAAAAGAGCUUUUACUUGUUGUAAGAAUUUUGUGUAUGCAAAGACAGAAUGGGGACCUCAGAAUCUGCCAGUUGAGUGGUAAUAGCCACCCCUGGAGACAAGGGCAAGAGCAAAAAGCAAAAACAGAUGCUUAGUUUUAUGUACUUUUCUACUUGCAUCUCUUCCACCUGUAGUGCAGACUCCAUGUCAGACCCUCGUAUAACCUGUACAAAAUGAAACAAUGUACAUAACAAAUAAAAUUAUUUAUUUUAUGUGUAUUUUUAGCUUAACUGUAAACUGAAAAAAACAAAUAAAAAGCAUUUAAUUUUUUUCCCAAAAAUGUAAGCCUAUUGAAAAAUCAAGGUGUUUCUACCUUUUCAGAUGUAACAUUUCCAGCUGCCUAUUGAUAAUAAACAUUUAUGAACAGCAACAGA